AUGAAUGUUAUUAUUCUUUGUUUAUUGUCAUUUGGUGUCUUAUCUCAAUUAUCAAAGUAGACAGUCACACACAAAAUUAAGAUUGGUAUUACUAUUGAUGGCAAGAAACAAGGAGAAAUCACUUUAGGUUUGUUUGGAAAAGUAGUACCAAAGACAGUAGAAAAUUUCAGAGCUUUAUGUACUGGUGAAUAGAAUGGCAAAAGCUAUGUAGGUUCCCCAUUUCAUAGAAUUAUUCCUUAUUUUAUGAUUUAAGGAGGUGAUUUCACAAAAGGAAAUGGUACUGGUGGAGAGUCAAUCUAUGGAAAUAAAUUCAACGAUGAAAAUUUUAAUUUACAACAUGAAAUUGGAUGUAUAUCAAUGGCUAAUGCAGGACCAAAUACUAAUGGAAGUUAAUUUUUUAUUACAACAGCAGAUACUCAAUGGGUAUUAUAUACAAUUAUAUAUUAUUCUAGUUAAAUGGAAAACAUGUAGUUUUUGGAAGAGUAAUAGAAAAUAUGGAAUUAGUAAAAAAGAUUGAAUCUAAAGGAUAAUAAAAUGGAUAACCAAAGGCUAAGGUUAUAUUUGCUAGUUGUAGUGCUGAAGUUGUCUCAGAUGAUUUAUGA